GGCAUCUUGAGCAGCUCGUUGCGCCUCUCCAUCUUUGGCCUUUAUAAUAAAAAACAAAUAUGGAUCAACCGUCCCAGCCAGGAUCAAACAAUGAGGGCGAAUUCUGUAAAAACCUAGAAGAUAUAAAAGAAAAGUUAAACAGCCAUUUAAAAAGGCGAAUGCAGGAAAACACACAUCAGAGAAAAUCCGCCGAACCAGUAACUUCCAAUAAAGUUAAAAGAAGUAAAAAAAUCGACAGAAGUGCAUCCGUCGAUAACCAGGAACCGGAAGACACUGUUAUAGAGGCUCACGAUGGUCCUCAAGAUAACAAAAGAGAACCGGAUAUUCUUAGUGAAAUUUUGAACGAGAAAAAAUUAAGCCUGAUGCAAGAUCCUAGUGUCACAGAAUUUUUGAGAAAACUGUACACGAAAAGAUAGUUUUAGUUGU